UGCGCCUCCGCCAGAUGUUUCUUGUUUGGUGAGCGCGAAUUCUUGUCAUGAACAGGAAGACAGCGGUCCAGUGUCCUGCUGCUGUGUGAGAGACAUGCAGCACAAGGUCCAGGGAUCUUCUACAGACCACCACAGUGCUGAUUCUUCUCCCGGAUUCGGACUCUUUCAGUUUUCUCAACAGAUCACAAAGUUCUUUGUCCGGCCGGUUUAGUGACCGCAGCUCUGGGGAACAUGGAGAUGGUCAUGUGGAGAAGACUUCUCUCUGCUCUCCUGAGUGUGUGUGUGCUGUGGAGGAUCUGCAGCGCUUCUCGAGCUGACCACCACCACAAACAGCUCACACUACAUCAGGACACAAACGACGUCAUCGACAUUCUUGAAAUUCUGAGCAACACACACACUCGAGGAAUCACCAAGGUCAAAGGUCACGCCCCCCACACCACCGCGUGGCGUUUCCGCAAUCGCACGCCUCACCUGACCCUGCCGCUGGAUGUCUAUCGGCGUUUGGAGAGGGCGUGGCUUGGCUCGCUCAGCUUGUACCUGGUCGGUCAGCAGGCCGGAGGUUCUGCGGUCACUCUGCUGUCUCUCAGCGCUCCGGGGAACACGCCGCUCCUACGCAUCAUCUCCAACACGCGGGAGGAUUUCCUCCAGCUGGAGAUCCACACGAAACCCCACGCUGACCCCAAGGUGCUGAGAAUCCCUGGGGGAAACCCCUUCUCAGGAGGGAGGUGGGUGAGGGUGGUGCUGGGCGUGGCUCCUGGAUGGGUGUGGCUGUUCCAGGAGUGUAAAGAGGCCACGGUACUUAAGCUUACACACCAGGGACGACCUCUGACCCUCAGCCUCCCUCCUGAUGACCUCCGGGUCACUGUUGCGAGCACAGCAGACGAGAACGCCAACAAAUUUUGCGGUUACCUGCAGACUGCACAGAUCUCCACUCAGCCCUCUGAGAGACGUCCGUGGGUCUGCAGCAAUGUUACGGACUCCGCCCCCUUUCCCCCCACCCCCUACAGAUCUGUGGAUUUGGAUCUGGAGCUCCAGGACCAGCCGGAGCACCCGGUCAGCUCAGUGCUCGGUCCCCCGGCAGCUCCACGUGGCAGAGCGGCUCACGCUGAACAGAAGCAGCGAGUCAAGACCCUGGAGGAGACGCUGCACAACAUCACCACCCUGCUGGACAUGCUGAAACAACAGAAUGAGAACCUGCACGCUCGGGUGAGGUAUUUGGAGUCCUGUGAGUGUGUGAGGAGAACCUGUACCUGGGAGAACCGUGAGAUGGAUGAGGGAUCUCGCUGGGAGACUGAAGGCCACACUACGUGUUCCUGCAACUCCGGGAGAGUCGAGUGUGAAAGUUCUAAGAGGUGUGAGUAUGAUGGAGAUGUGUAUGAUGACAACAAGGUGUUCGUACCCAGGACUAAUCCAUGUCUCACCUGCACCUGCUCUAACGGUGUGGUGAGAUGUCACUCAAAACGUUGCCCCGCCCCAAACUGUGCUGAUCCUAAAGUGAGGCCUGGAGAGUGCUGUCCAAGCUGUUCCGUGUGUGGUGUAGACAGACGCAUCCACAACGUCUCCUACAGCACCGCAGACGGCUGCCAGACCUGCUCCUGUACGAAAGGUGAAGUCUCGUGUGUAGACGUACAGAGAUGUCCUCAGACAUGUCAGAAUGGAGUGAAGCGUCCGUUCGGUUCGUGUUGUCGUGACUGCUCUCGCUGUGAACAUCAGGGUGAGGUCAUUCCAGACGGGGUCACUUUCGCAGAGCGCGAGGAUCCCUGUAAACUCUGCGUCUGCUCUGGUGGGAAUGUAGUGUGCAGCAGUCCACCUUGCCCUGCACCUGACUGCGGUUUGGUGGAAACUGUGAGUGGAGAGUGCUGUCCCAGGUGUCGGGGUUGUCUCCACGAGGGAGUGCAGCAUGAUCACGGCUCUACGUGGCAUCAUCCCCAAGAUGGCUGCAGCGUCUGCACAUGCUCAGAGGGACGAGUCGAGUGUUCCUCAGAGAAGUGUAAUACCGGGUGUAAUGACCCAGCACCUACUGCAGGACAACACUGUCCUUCCUGUAACCGUUGUGCCCAGAACGGUCAGAAUUUCCUAAACGGGGAAGCGGUUCCCAGUAGAGAUCGAUGUAACCAGUGUGUGUGUGAGAAUGGGACUAUAAAUUGUGAGCCCCUCCCCUGCCCCGCCCCUCACUGCUCUCAUCCAGUCAGGAGAGACGGAGACUGCUGUCCGAGGUGUGAACAGUGUAAUUAUGAGUCAGAGGUGUAUUCUGAUGGUCAGAGGUUUACAUCUAAGCAGAAUCCCUGCUUGACCUGUCAGUGUUUAAGGGGUAGUGUCACAUGCUAUCAGGAGAGAUGUCCCCCUGUCAACUGUCCAAACCCUAUUAGAGAACCACAUGUCUGCUGUCCUGUGUGUAAAGUGUGUGUGGUGAACGGUGUAGAGUAUGCCCAUGGGGCAUCAUUGGACUCUGAGGUCGAGGACAUGCCCUGCAGCACCUGCUCCUGUGUUGAGGGGAAUGUUAUGUGUCGGGUGAAACCAUGUCCUCCUCCGUCCUGCACUCAUCCCAACACAGAACCAGGAGAAUGCUGUCCAGUCUGUAAUCACUGUUUCUAUAACCAGCGCGUUUAUGAGAACGGUCAGCAGAUCCUGGAGCCGAGUGACCCAUGUAACAUCUGCACCUGUUGGAAUGGCUCAGUGGGCUGCAGUGCGGUCCAGUGUCCACCGGUUACCUGCUCCAACCCUUUCACUGCACCGGGAGAGUGCUGUCCCCAGUGUCCAAUCUGUCAUGCUCAUAAUCACGUGUAUGUUGAUGGCGACACGUUUGUGAACCCUGAGAACCCGUGUGAGGAGUGUGUGUGUCAGGGAGGCAACGUGAACUGUAAUAACAAGUGUCCCAGGCCCAACUGUCGCUAUCCCGUCACUGGGACCUGCUGCCAGAACAACUGCAACGGCUGCAGCUAUGUGGGUAAAGAAUAUCAGAACGGAAUGGUGUUCCCUCAUCCCACAGACUCCUGCAGGGAAUGUCACUGUCUCAAUGGUAAUGUGCAGUGUAGGAUGAGUCGAUGUCCCCCUUCACAGUGCAGUGAACCCACAUUAACCAAAGGACAGUGCUGUCCUCAAUGUCCAGCGCCCCCUGCUGACUGUGUUUAUGAAGAUCGGUCAUAUAGACACACACAGCACUUCCACCAUCCCACAGACAACUGCCGGAUCUGCUCCUGCACCAAUGGGAUGGUCAGCUGUCACCGUGCGCCCUGCCCCUCUGCCCCCUGCGCCCACCCUAUCCAGCAGGAGUGCUGUCGCACGUGUGAUGGAUGUUUGUAUAAUGGUGUGGAACACGCUAACGGUCAAAGUUUUGCGGACAUCUCUGACCCGUGUGGGACGUGUGUGUGUCGUGAAGGCACGGUGACCUGUGAGAGGAGACACUGUCCCGAGAUCACAUGUCCCUUUCCUGUACAGAGAGACUGCUGUCAGAGCUGCAAUGGUUGUCAUUAUGCAGGUGUAGAUUAUUUGAGUGGUCAGGAGUUUCUGGACCCUGCAGACGGCUGUAAUCACUGUACCUGUAUAAACGGUAACGUCACCUGCAGACACAAACCCUGCUUCAGAGCGGGCUGCUCGCACCCUGCCCCCGCGGCUGGACACUGCUGCCCUGUGUGUGACGCUUGUUCUUAUGAAGGAAGCCUUCUGUUAAACGGACAGUCGCUUCCAGACAGAACAGAUCCGUGUUCAGAGUGCACAUGCAGGAGCGGCUCAGUGCUGUGUAUGAGGAGAUCGUGUGCUGCUGCUCUGUGUCCUCAUCCUGUUACUGGAGACUGCGGUUGUCAUGUCUGUGAAGGUUGUAACUACCAAGGACAUGUUUAUGAAGAUGGAGAUGUUUUUGCAGCACCUAAUGCAGUGUGUGAGGAGUGUACAUGUUCUCGAGGGCAGGUGAGAUGUACCCCUAAGUCCUGCCCCAUUGCGUCGUGUCCUCACCCAGCAGUGGAUGGUUGUGGAUGUGCCAUGUGUAACAGCUGCAGGUUUCAAGGGCGAGAGUGUGUGAACGGAGAACACUUCCCUCAUCCUCAAAACAACUGCCAAAGAUGCACCUGUCAGAACGGUGAGGUGUCUUGUUUAUCUGCGCCGUGUCCGGCCGUGUCCUGCAGGAGGCCAGUGAGACCCCCGGGGUCAUGUUGCCCCGUGUGUACAGGUGUGUGUGAGCACCUGGGGCAGGAGUAUGACAGCGGCUCCACCUUCACCCCCCCAACUGACCCCUGUUCAGUCUGCAACUGUCUGAAUGAAGUUGUGUCAUGUCAGAGGAAGCCAUGUCCUCAGCAGUGCACACACCCUCUCCGCAACACAGACUGCUGCCCCGAGUGUGACGCGUGUUUAUACGAACACGUGCGCUACACACACACACAGACGUUCAUAACACAGUCUGAUCCAUGUCUGCGCUGCAUGUGUGUGAGAGGGAAUGUCACAUGUACACAUGUCACCUGUCCUGUACUCACAUGUCAAAAUCCAGUCACUCCUCCGGGACAGUGCUGCCCCCAGUGCAGAGUGUGUGUGGAGAAUGGUGUUGAGUACAAAGAAGGGGAGAGGUUUCAACCUCGUGGUGACCACUGUUCUCAGUGCAUCUGUGAGGAUGGAGAGGUGAGAUGUGCAGCGUCUCAGUGUAAACAAUUAAAGUGCAAGCACCAGGUCACUGAUCCAGGCUCCUGCUGCCCAAGAUGCAGAGGCUGUGUGUAUGAUGGAGUGGAACACUCAGAAGGCAGUACCUGGUUUGCCUCCAGUGGUCCCUGUAUGUCCUGCAUGUGUGUGGACGGAGUGACCACAUGCUCAGAGAUCCAGUGUCUCUCUCCCUGCAGCAAUCAGAUCAGUGUUCCGGGAGAGUGUUGUCCUCUGUGUGCAGACUGCAUCUAUGAAGGUCGUGUUUAUGGACCAGGCGAGAACUUCCAUCCAUCAGAUGAUCCCUGUCAGAUCUGCACAUGUGAGGUGAUGCCAGAUGGACAACAGCACCUGCGCUGUUACAGGAAGCAGUGUCCAAGUCUGGUGGACUGUCCCAAAAACAACAUAAUGUUCAGAAGUCCUGAGUCAUGCUGUCCAGUGUGUGCAAAGCCUCUCAGCGUCUGCACAGAAGCUCUGAUAGGAAAUGAAGUUCUUGCUACAGACGACCCCUGUUUCACCUGCCAGUGCAAAGAUCUAACAUGGACAUGCAUUCAUAAGUCCUGUCCCUCACUCAGCUGUCCUCCAGAUGAACAAUACACACCCCCUGACUCCUGCUGUCCUGUCUGUGAUGUGUGUGUAGUGGAGGGAGGCAGACGACGUGUGAACAACGGAGAGAGCUGGACUGACAGUGAAGAUGAUUGUAUCACCUGCUCCUGCAAACUGGGACAUAUAGAGUGUACUAUAGAGGAGUGUGCUCCUCUUCUGUGUGCAUUCGGACUGCUGAAGGUCAAAAGGCCUGGAAAAUGCUGUUAUGAAUGUCAAGCAGACAUCAGGGCUCAGUGUGUGUAUGAGGGACAGGUGUAUGAUUCUAAUGAACAGUGGGAUGUAGAUGAAUGCACUUCCUGCACGUGUGUGUCCGGAGAUGUUCACUGCCAAACUGAGAGAUGUCCAGCAGUGUCCUGUGAUUCUGAUGAAACUCCGUCUGUGAUUCCCGGGAUGUGUUGUCCACGCUGUAUCCCGCGUCCCGCCACCUGUAUCGUGUUCGGAGAUCCUCACUACCGCACAUUCGAUGGCAAGAUGGUGAACUUCCAGGGGACGUGUACCUACGUUUUAGCGCAGGAUUGUGAGGGCGGAGACUUCAGUGUUCACGUGACGAAUGAUGACCGUGGCCGUAAGGGCGUGUCCUGGACCAAAGAGGUGACGGUGUAUGUGAGGGAUGUUGUGAUCCAGCUGCUGCAGGACUGGGUGGUGAAGGUCGAUCAUCAAACCGUCACACUGCCGUUCCUCAGAGAGCCGUAUAUUUACCUGGAGCGUAAAUCCAACACCAUCCUCCUCAACACCGACGUUGGCAUGAAGGUGUUGUGGAACGGACGUUCUCACCUGGAGGUCAGUGUUCCAGGUACGUAUAAGAGGCGCACCUGUGGUCUGUGUGGAAACUUCAACAACUUUCCUCAGGAUGACAUGCGGCUGCGUAACGGUCAGAUCACCGGCUCCGAGGCCAACUUCGGAAACAACUGGAAGGUGGGCGGCGGGAAGAACGCGAGUGCUCAGUGCUCAGAGGCGAGGAACAUCGACCCGUGUAAAGAGGCUGGAUAUUCCUUUAGGAAGACGGCGAACAGUCGCUGUGCGGUCCUAAAGUCCACAGUGUUUGAGCGCUGUCACAGGGUGGUGCCUCCGGAGAUGUUCUUCGCCUCGUGUGUGUACGACCUGUGCGCCUGCGCAGCCAACGCAGACGAGUGUUUGUGUGACGCUCUGGAGGCGUACGCUUCUGAGUGCCGCGAGGCCGGAGUCAUCUUACAGUGGAGAUCACCUUCCCUCUGCGCUGUGGGCUGUCCUUUGGAUCGUGGUUAUGUUUUUGAUGAAUGCGGUCCUCCGUGUCCUAAAACCUGUUUCAACAAGGACGUGCCUCUGGGCGUGAUCGAGGCUCAUUGCUUUAAACCGUGCGUCCCCGGCUGCCAGUGUCCGGCCGGACUGGUGGAACAUGAAUCCCACUGCAUCUCCCCGGAAAAAUGUCCCAGAAUCAUCCAUGGAGACUCCUGAUCUCCUCAGAGCUUCUGUAAACCCACAGGACUACAGUCCGGUCCAGACACUGCUGCUGGACGAUCGUUUACUCCACCUUGUGCUCGACAUAGAAGCUUAAAGCAGCAGUGUGUAAGAUUUCGAGCUGCCUCCUUCCCCCACAUCGACUCCGCCCUCUCUGUAUAAUCUACGUAGGUGUUGAAACGUGCUACAGAAACGUUGUGGCCUUUAAGGAACUUAGGAACUUUGUGGAUUGAUUGUUACAGAUGUAGAGACUUUAAUUUUACAAACUUCACCUUUAAAAUCAAUGUGAACAUCAGUCCUCCAAAAGCCGUGACGUUCGCUUCAGUUUAAAGCAGUUUACCAUUUAUGAGAUUUUCCUGAACGUAAAAAUGCAAACCAAGAAAGUGUCAUGUACGAGCCGGUGCUAAUUUUGUGCUAAAAAAGUAUUCACAGUGAAAAAUAUAAACAUACAGUGGCUAAUAUAAAUAAUAAACAAAUAAAUAAAUCUAUCUUACAUGUAAGAGUUGCACAGUUUUCACAGCUAGCUUUAAUUUGAGUUUAGUUUCAGGUCACAAAAAGCACACUUUCUGUAGAAUAACUCUUCCUCUUCCUCUUCCUCUGCUCCGUGUCGCUUUGUUUCUUUAGUCUCUAACAUUAGCAAUUGAUCAGAGCAACAGACAUCAGCUGCUAACUCCGAGUACAUUAACUCACACACACACACACACACACGCAUGCACACACACACACACACACACACACACACACACACGCAUGCACACACACAGUUAUAAGCUCUAUACGAUCAGAGGAGGGAAAACGUUCAUAAUAUUUUUACAUAAAGACUUUUCCUUAUUUACAUUUAUAUGUGAAAAACAUUUAAUUUCUAUUUCAUUUAUUUUGACUUUUUAGGGUUUCAAAAUUAAUCUUUUUUUCAUUUUGUUUAGCUAGAAAUAAAGCUAAUCACAUUUCUGUGCAAUUUAACUUUUUUAUUUUAUUAAGUAUAUUUAAAAUAUCUGAUCAGAUCAAAUCCCACUGUGUGAAUCCCACUGUCUGUUUGUUUUAUUCGCUUUAAUUCAGACAUUAAAGUUAAUUAGGGUAUGUUACAUUCAAUUUAAUUCAAAAAUUAAAAAGAAUUUAAAUGUCACACCUAAAGGAUUGUAACUCUGCCCCAAACUCCACCUCUAACCCCACCCCUUACCCUAACCUUAAUCUUCAUAAAUCAUCAUCAGUUGUGAAAAUUAAACAAAAAAUCCCCACAAGCAUUCUUACAUAUAAUUUUAGCUUAAAUAUUUCUAAAAUACUUUUACUUUCACUUCUGUUCAUUUUUUUUCCAUCUUAGUCUGUGAAAGAAAAAUAACAUUUUAAAUCUCAGAAUCUCAGUUUCAGAAAUUUGUCACUGAUAAUAAACCGUAUUUACAUGUGUUUAUGAUGACAGCAUUAAUCUUAUCUGUUAUUAAUGCUAUAAUACAACAUGUUCUUUAUAACUACUAUUUUUACCGUCUGUCUGUUUUUAAAAUUUUUAAAAUUUUAUUUUUAAGCCAUAAACUUCUUUUCAUUUCUGAGUUUUUUCCAGGGAUUUUUAGAGACUGGAUUUUAUUCCUGCUGAACAUUCGGAGUGUUUCACUGUUCUGUCCUCAGACUUCACUCUUCAUAACAAACAUUUUAUUCAUCACCUUUAAUCACAUUUUAUUUAUUAUUCAUUAGAACAUGUCAUUAUGUUUAUCUGAAUAAAAUGUGCAGGUGCUAAUUUUGUAGAACUGAAUAAUAAAAAUGAACAUUAUUACUUUUUUAAAA